UCACUGAAACACCAAUACAUACUCGCUCUAGAAGGCUGUCGGCUUUCGUCUUCUUACAUAGAAAAAUAAAAGUAUACACAUAAAUGUUGAGUUGGAUUAUACAGUACAGCGAGCCGUGUAUAUAAAAAAAGAGUUUUAAUUUGUUUCAAUUAGGCGUCUUAUUUAAGAAAAUUUUAAAAAACACUGUAUAAUGUCUGAGCUUCAGUCAUCUUUGCUCCUAAAAAAGCAACUGGCAGAAUUGAAUAAAAACCCUGUGGAAGGAUUUUCCGCUGGACUAAUUGAUGAAAAUGAUAUAUUUCGCUGGGAAGUACUAAUUAUUGGACCACCCGAUACACUUUACGAAGGAGGUUUCUUCAAGGCACAUCUGUAUUUUCCAAAAGAGUAUCCAUUGCGCCCACCACGAAUGAAGUUUGUUACAGAAAUUUGGCAUCCAAAUAUUGAAAAGAAUGGUGAUGUUUGCAUUUCAAUAUUGCACGAACCUGGAGAUGAUAAAUGGGGCUAUGAGAAGGCAUCGGAACGCUGGUUGCCAGUACACACAGUCGAAACAAUAUUGAUAUCCGUGAUAUCAAUGUUGGCAGAUCCGAACGAUGAGUCUCCAGCAAAUGUCGAUGCUGCCAAAGAGUGGCGCGAAUCGUACCCUGAUUUCAAACGUAAAGUUGCACGUUGUGUACGAAAAAGUCAAGAGGAGUGCUCGUAGGAGUUCGAAUUUCUCUAUAUUUGUAUAUUUAUAUUAAAAAUUUGAUACAUUAAAAAGAAUAAUUGCAUUAAUA